AUGGCACAUUCACAUAAUAAGCAUGCACCUGACAGAAUACCAGGUCCAACUCCAGAACAAAUGGCAAAAGUUCGCGAUGAUCAUAUAACAGAAUUUCGUAUUCUUCUACCAUUAACUGUUGAAGAAUAUCAAUUAGCACAAUUAUGGUCAACUGCUGAAUGUUCAAAACAGAAUACCGGUGGUGGUGAAGGUGUAGAAGUGAUAAAAAAUGAACCAUUUGAAAAACCAAUGUCAGCAGCAUUUUUAGGAAAAUAUAAUACAGGACAAUAUACACAUAAAAUAUAUCAUUUGAAAGAUCGUGUACCAGGUUUUGUAAAAGUACUUGUAAGUUCACCAGAUGCAUUUGAUUUGCAUGAAGAAGCACAUAAUGCAUAUCCAUACUGUAAAACGGUUUUAACAAGUGCUUAUAUGAAAGAUGCAAUGUAUAUCGAUAUAUCAACACUACAUUUACCACAUAGCAGUGAUUCAAUGGGUGACUCUUUUCAAGAUAACGUACAUCAGCUGGAUAAAAGAGAUCAUGAUCGUCGAAAAGUUGUUGUUAUUAAUAUAGCUGAUCGUGUACCCACAACUGACUAUAAACAAGAAGAAGAUCCAACACAAUUUAAAUCAGUUAAAACAGGACGUGGACCAUUAAACGGUGAAUGGUAUAGAGGUUGUCAACCACUUAUGUGUUGCUAUAAAUUAGUACGUGUACAUUUUAAAUGGUUUCCUAUUGGAACAAAAGUACAAGAUUAUAUUAUGAAACAAGAACAACGUUUAUUUCGUAACUUUCAUCGACAAUUAUUUUGUUGGAUGGAUAAAUGGCAUGGAUUAACAAUGAGUGAUAUAAGACAAUUAGAAGAUCAAACAAAAGAAGACUUAAAAAAAGAACUAGCUACUGGAGAAAAACGAGGUUUUGCUGCCGAAGAAUAA